AUGGAGGAGUUGGAGCCAGAGGAGAAGCGGGCGGACCCCUUUGAGUCCCUGGAGGAGUUCUAUGUGGUCUUGAAUGAGUUGCUGGGGGACCAGAACCUGAACAAGGUACGUGUGGAGUACGAGAGGCUGCUCCAGGUGCUGAAGAAGUCCAAAGACAACGAGAGGAGGCUGAUGUCUAAAUGCAGAGAGCUCAACGCAGAGAUCGUAGCCAGCUCCAGUAAAGUGGCCGCCGCUCUGAAGCUGUCCCAGGAUGAUGAAAACACCAUCGCCUCGCUGAAAAGGGAACUAGAUAAGGCAUGGAAAAUGGUGGACACUGCUCACGAGAAAGAAAAGAAGGACAAGGAAAUAAUCAAGAAUGAAAGGCAAGAAAUCGCAGAUCUCACCAAAAAGAUUGAGCAGCAAACUGGAUAUGCUAAAGACCAAGAGCAAAGUGAGCUGGUCAAACUGAACAACGAGCUGAGCAGAGAAAGGAACGAGCUUCUGGCCUCGUGUGAAGAGCUCCGGGGCCGUCUCAAGGAGCUCACCCAGACCCAAGAGCAGACCCAGCUGCUGCGGGACCAGGCCCAGGAGACCGUCUCACAGCUGCAGCAGGAGCUUCAGGUGCAGCAGAAUGAGAUCUCGCGGGAGAUGAGGCUGAAGGAGAAGCUGGACAAGGAGCUAAAGCAGCUGCACUCGGACAUGGACACCAAGACGUCCGAGCUGAGGACCUUGACCCAGCAGAGCCUCAAGGCCAAGGAGGAGCAGCACAGGCAGGAGCAGCAGAUGAAGGAGCUCAAGCUAAUGCACGAGCGAUCUACUAAAGAACUGGAGCAGAUGCAGAUGAAAAGUGCAAAGCAGCAGCAGGAGUUUGAGCAGCUCACCUCCACCAAAGAACGUCUCACUUUGGAAAACCACCAGAUCUCCAAUGAGCUCAAGAUGAGAGACGAGGAAGUGAGCCAGAUGAGGCAGGAGAUCUCCAAACAAUUGAAGAUGCGAGAGGCCAUUCAGAAAAAGCAGCAUCAGUUGGAGGAGCAGAAGGCGGACGCAGAAGUACAGAAGGAGACGCUGAAAGCACAGAUCACUGGGCUGGAGAAAGAUCUGGAGUCAGCCCAGAAGCAGGUAGACUCAGAUAAAAAGGCUCUCGAUGAGUUGACGAGAGAACGCGACAUCCUCAACAAGAACAUAAUCAAAGCUGCUGUAUCGACGGAGAAGCAGCAGGCCGCCGUGAAGCUUCUGGAGAAGGACCAGAAGACUCUAGAACAUGAGAUCAGCGGGUACCGCCAGGAGGCCCACAAGCAAAGGAAGAUCAUACAGCAGCUGGAGAAGGAGCGCGACCGCUACAUCAAUGAGACCAGCAGCCUCAUGCACAAGGCAAGACCAUCACGUGUCGGCUUAGUUAUGUCCUAA